AUGGACGUGAAUUCAAACGAGACGGAAAGCGGUGGAGGGCAUUUAACUCUAACACGACCCUACGCUGAUAAACAAGGGGCAGUUAGCCUUGCACAUUCAUUAUUCGGUCUUCGUAUUUCAGACUUUUCAAAAGUCAAGGAAUUUAUCAGUUAUGACGACCGGAAUUUCUAUUUGAAAGGUGUUCUGCCAAGCCAAGAGAGCAAAGAAGGGAAUUCCAGUAAAGAUGAAUUCGUGUUGAAGAUAUUAAACCACGUCGAUUCACAAAACAUUUCAUAUAUCAAUGCACAAAACGUGCUUUUGCUUUAUUUGAAAGAACAUGGCUUCGUUUGCCCGGUUCCAAUGAAGUCGUUAAGUGGUGAACUAACAAUGGAAUGCCAGUUGUCCUCUUAUGGUUUAAGUGGCAGUGAAGAAAACGCGAAAGAACAGGGGCUGCCUCCAAGAAUUAAUGCUGUUCGACUUUUGAGCUACGUGCCUGGAAAGCUUCUCAAAGAUGUUCGUUGCACAAAAGAUCUUCUCUUCAGUCUGGGUCGUUACACAGCAAAGAUAAAUAAGGUUUUGAAGGUAAAAUCCGUUUCUUGUACGCAAUGCGAUUGGCCAUAUAGUUAUCGCAGAUGAAAUCAAAACAUUGAUUCCCUCGUGCAUACAGAGCAUUUAAAAGGCAAUGCUCAUACUUACCCAAGUACUAGUGCCUUAUAGGUACCAGCACAAAUUGGUGUUGUAUUUACACCUCGAGUGACCGUAAGGGCAUUGUUCACACUUACCUAAGUACUAAUGCCUAGGUACCAGCACAAAGUGGUGUUGUGUUCAAACCUUGGGUACCCAAUGUAUAACUGAGGGCAUUUUUGCCCUACUUUGCUUGUUAGAGGCUACUUUAAAAUGUCACCGAUGGGUAUACAAAGCAGUGGAUUGCUUUUAAGUAGAAAACGUGGGUAUACAGGGCAUUGGUGGUACUUAACAACAACAACAUCAUAAGCUUUAUUUACAUGAUUAUAAUUAUGUAGUUACAGUAUUGCAAAAGCUUUAAUGCAAUGCAAUGAUUACCACAGUCAAUCAAUUUGAUGACAAAUUAGUACGUAAAUCAUUACAUAAUGAGACAAAUUUCAACAAACGUGAAUAUACGGAAAAUUCUGUGAAUUCAUCAAUUUAAUUAUUAAUUCUGUGUAAGAUAGCUGAUUAAAGUCGACAAAAGUUUGUUGGAUUUGAUUGUAGAAUUUCUCCCUUGGGAUUAAAUAUAUUGGACAAUGAAAGAGAAAAUGAAAUUCGUUUUCAAUUGACCACUCCAGAAAAUACCAUAACAUACCAUAAAGCACUUUCUUUGUCACCCCAAAAUUUUGCAUAAGCAUUGUUUUCAGUUUCUCUUGGGGCCAUUUUAACUCCCAAGAAAAAUUGAAGACAAUGCUUAUGCCAAAUUUUGGGGUGGCAAACAAAGAGCAUUAUGGUAUGUUAUGGUAUUUUCUGGAGUGGUCAAUUAUUUCAGAGUUACAAAUAGGGCAGAAUCUAUCGAUGCGGGAAGUUUGAUUAUAUCUUCCAGUUUCAAUCAUGAGUUUGUGGUUACUUAUGCGAGUUUUCACUAAGUCUUUCCUAUUGGUUGAAUUUCUAAUUAAGUCUCGAUUCACUUGAAAUUUUAUAAUUAUGUUUUAAUAAGCUGUAAAAUUGCAGUUUCUUAGAAUGAUGGAUCAAUAUAAAGUGAUCUUGUGUACAUUGGGCACUGUCACCUAGCCGAAAAUCAUUAUUUUAGGCAAGUACAGGUGUAGUGGUGCCGUUUUCUAUGGUUGGACAGCUUAUGUUUAUUACACAACGCUAUACUCCUUGUAGCGAACCAUUUAUGCGAAUUUAUUGGGCAGAUUUUUGAGAAAAGAGGGGAAAUCAGAAUAAGAGACAGAUGUGCAUGAGGGAAAAGAGUCAGUUGAAUACAGNAAGUCGACAAAAGUUUGUUGGAUUUGAUUGUAGAAUUUCUCCCUUGGGAUUAAAUAUAUUGGACAAUGAAAGAGAAAAUGAAAUUCGUUUUCAAUUGACCACUCCAGAAAAUACCAUAACAUACCAUAAAGCACUUUCUUUGUCACCCCAAAAUUUUGCAUAAGCAUUGUUUUCAGUUUCUCUUGGGGCCAUUUUAACUCCCAAGAAAAAUUGAAGACAAUGCUUAUGCCAAAUUUUGGGGUGGCAAACAAAGAGCAUUAUGGUAUGUUAUGGUAUUUUCUGGAGUGGUCAAUUAUUUCAGAGUUACAAAUAGGGCAGAAUCUAUCGAUGCGGGAAGUUUGAUUAUAUCUUCCAGUUUCAAUCAUGAGUUUGUGGUUACUUAUGCGAGUUUUCACUAAGUCUUUCCUAUUGGUUGAAUUUCUAAUUAAGUCUCGAUUCACUUGAAAUUUUAUAAUUAUGUUUUAAUAAGCUGUAAAAUUGCAGUUUCUUAGAAUGAUGGAUCAAUAUAAAGUGAUCUUGUGUACAUUGGGCACUGUCACCUAGCCGAAAAUCAUUAUUUUAGGCAAGUACAGGUGUAGUGGUGCCGUUUUUUAUGGUUGGACAGCUUAUGUUUAUUACACAACGCUAUACUCCUUGUAGCGAACCAUUUAUGCGAAUUUAUUGGGCAGAUUUUUGAGAAAAGAGGGGAAAUCAGAGUAAGAGACAGAUGUGCAUGAGGGAAAAGAGUCAGUUGAAUACAGAUCGGGUUAAGCACUCUUUUUAGCUUAGACGGUUAGCUUUCAAUAUCGUAAUGAUCAAUUCCAUGAUUAGCUUCUGUCGGCUGUGAGCCCUUGAUGGUGUAGUGGGUACGAAUGUGGAUUAUACAUCAAAUCACGCGGGUUCAAGUCCUACAUACCCCCUACUGUUUUCUUUCAUUUUCUUUCUUCUCUUAUUUACUACUUUAAGUUAAAAGCCCGAGACUCCUAUCAUGAAUUUUAGUAAAGAUGAUAAUUUGAUUUUGGGGUAUCCAUUCUAGUCACAACCGUUUUCUAUGCAAAGCCAUUUGAAUGGUACCCAGUCGCUUCUCAGUAUUCGCGUUGUGAUCAUUGGAAGGAUUUAGGGAGUUCGAGAUGCAUCAAGCUAGGAAGAAGGGAGGAAGAAAACCGCCUUUGCGCCUAUCAAUUUUCCUUUUCAAAUUCCUUUGCGAAAAUAAAUCGACUGAGUAUAUACGAGUCUGGUUGAAUUAUCAAAUUAUUGUACCCUUAACAAAUCUAAUAUUUCAAUAACUGGCAAUAGGUAGUGUCAAAAGAAAACCCAUUCAAGGCGGGGAGAGCCUUCUUUGUCUAUCACAGAUAAAAAAAAAAGGGAAAUGUGGAUGAGACUAUGUAACAACUGGAAAUUUCUUUCUUUGCGUCUGCUUCCCAUAAUCGACCCACCAACCCCCAUCUCUGUAAUAUAACUAGCUCCACCUUGUCCCUCCUCAUUUUAGAUUUGAAUGUUGGGUAGCCUAGGGAGCAAGCUUUCCUGGGACUACGGAGGCCGCCCCACCGCCAGAGCGCCACUGUGAGCUUGCUCAGGGGCUGGAGGUUGGGGUUCGAACCUGGUAGGGUCGCCAUAGUUAUUUUUUCAAUUAGUACCCGGAUCUUAACGUCAGGUGGUAAUACUGCUACAGGUAGGUGAUUUAUAGGCUACAAAAACUGGUGAUGAAAUAUCAUGUGAGUAAUGCGGUUGUUCUCUUUAUCCAGAGUUUUCAACAUGCUGGCCUUAGUGAUCUAGUGAAACAAGAAUGGGACUUGGCUCAGUUAAAUAUCCUUGAAAGAUACAUAUCUGUUGCAAGCCAUGAUUCUUCUGAAUUGGAACUUCUUCAACAUGUCUACAACAAGUUUGUCAAUGGAGUCAUCCCAAAACUUGGUGAUCUAGAUAAACAGGUUAUCCAUGGUGACCUCAAUGAUAAGAACAUACUUGUCCUCCCAAAUCGGCGUGGUAAACGUCAUACAAUAAGCUUUCUUGAUUAUGGGGAUACCUCAGAUUCUUACAGAGUGUUUGAAGUUGCGAUUUGCAUGAUGUACAUGAUAAUGCUCCGAGUCGAACAAGGUGAUUCACAUGAGGAAGCCAUCAGAUCUGCCGGCCACUUGUUGAGAGGUUAUCAAAGUGUUUACAGCCUCUCUCCCUCUGAGCUUGACCUUUUGUAUUGGUCAGUUGCUGCCAGGUUUUUCCAAUCGAUUGUGAUUGGAAUGUACAAACAGUCCCUUGAACCAGAGAAUAUAUACUUAAGCCAAACUUGCCAAUUAGGAUUAAGCAUCCUCUCUUCGUAUAUUUCUGCCCCUGAAAAAGAAAUCCUUAAUUCUUGGCUGUCAACUGACAUGCUUGGUCCAGUGCAUUUCAAGUAA